AUGCUGUCGUCGACCAUCUACGUGCUUUGCAUCGUUCACUUGUUGAACACAUCGCACGAACUCAACGGACCAAAAAUUAUAGGAACUUUAAUAGCCACCAUCGUUAUGAGCGGAGAUGAGUUCAAGACCGCACUGGCAAAGUCCGACGGAGAUAAUGGCAGCAGCAUAGCUGACCUCGUUAUAUUUCGAGUCGCUCUUGGUGUGGUGUCAUUAGUGCUGGCUAUUGAGAUGUACGUCUACAUUCGUUUAUAUCUACACCUCAAAGCUGUAAGACAAAUCCCAUCACGGUAG